UAAUUACGCCAUCAGUUUGCAAGUUGUUAGAAUGUGACAGACUUAUCAUCAAAGUUGUUCUUCGGCUUGCGUUCGAUACAUUUGGUCUGUUGUUGAUUAUAAUUGCCAUUUACCACGAUGAAAAGAAUAGAAGAGAGUGACUUAGUGCUCAAAUAUAGCAAGAGAUGUAUAAGAAGAGCAUUUUAUGAUGUGCUCUCUUCGGCGAAGAAAAGAGAUGAGUUAGUUUGUGGCGUAUAUACGGCAGCAGAGGUUUUACGAAGACGUGGUGUUAAGGAUGUACAGUUCUGUGUACUAGUGCAAUCAGAUGAUCCAGCUAAUCAUGUAUUUUGUCGACUUAUUGAAGCUUAUUGUUGUGAAAACAGAAUCCAAGUGAUUAAAGUUGACCGUGCUGAAGUAUUGACAUACUUGUGCGACGAUAAUCCAAGUGAUUUUCAUCAUUGCGUUCUUGUUCAGAACUCAACAGCCUUAGUUGAAGAAGAUUCCAUGGCCCUUCAGGUACUGCUAAAUUACACAAAAUACAAGGAAGCAAAAUCAGUCCUAAAGAUUGGUUGAAGAUAUCACUUGGCUCUUUAUAUGUGAAGGAAGUGGACUCAAGAAAGUUGCUUUCUAGUUGAAAAUGAUGUGAAUCCAUGUUAUAAAAAGAUGAAUGGCACAACUAUAAACCAAAACCAACUAAUUCGCUACAGAUUUUUGAAAGAAAACCACGGUCUUACUUUACUGUCAAUAUAAAAUUGAAGAAUUGAUUGUAAUUCCUAUGGAAUGUUAUAAUGUAAUGCUCUUUGUUCAGCACUAUUUUUUAUAUUUGAAAUUUGAUGUAAAAAUUAAUUUAUAAAAAUCAAAAACUUAUUAAAUAAACAAGAUUCUUUAAAGUAUGUCAGAAUUGAGGAAA